AUGGCGGCCGAGCCAGCAAUGACGUUGCCCGCGAUGCCGGCUGUGACGACCACGACCGUGGCCCAGCCAGCUGCCCCGACAGCUGCAUCGUCGGGUCCAGUGUACCAGGUUUGGCAAGGUCUGCAAGGUGCGGUUCUGUGUGACACAGACCGACUGUGUGGGCCCUACAGAGGAUAUGCCAGGUCGCCAGUGGCUGCAGCUUCUCCGACCAUGGUCACUGUCAGUGGAACAGGCCCAGUUUCGACAUCGCUUCCAGCCCCACCGUGGUUGCAGAGUAUUGGCAGCCAGGCGCCGGGGCCGGUAAUGACCGUGCAGCCUGCCCAGCCGAUGCCGCAGCCAAUGGGUGUGGCCGGAGUGCCGUCUAUGCCAAUGUCCAGCUCUGGAUUCGUCCCAUCCCCCGCCGCUGGCUCGCCGCCGGCGCUGGUGUCCGUGCCACCCGGGUCGAGCUCUGGGGUGUUUGUGCCAUCACCUGCGAACGCAUCGAUGGCACAGACUGCGGGAAGCGCGAGGAUGGCAUCCCCAGUGGCAGUCAGCGUCCCUCGGGGCGCUCAGGUUUCGCCGGCAGCAGCCGCUGCCGUGCCCAUGCAGCCGGCCUUCCAGAACAUUCCUCCUGGCCAACCGCCGUUUGAGAAGGCCGGCGCUGCUCCAGAGGGCAAAGCCUCGAAGAAGCGCUCCAAGAAAAACAAGAAGAAGUGCUGUGGCUGCUUCUGA